GAGUGAACGGGGCGAAGACGCACGCGCGCUCAAAGCGAAAGUAAACAGCCACGCGUGUAUGCGGUGCGCAUUAUCGUGUUGUGUCACCCGUGUGGGAUAUCGCUAAAUUGGUUACAUUUAGCGGAGACGAAUCACUUGCAUAGUGUGUAGUGAAAAUAUAUUUAGAAAAAAAUGGACGGAUCAGUGGUUCACGUUGCAGUAAGUUCGCAAAGAAACGCAACGACAAACUUCACGCGAUCGUCCUAACACGAACCAAAUGCCAACGGCAGCUCACCUUUGCGGUGGCCUUCGUGAAGAUAAAGAAGUUAGAAAACGUCCCUAGAAGGCUAUGAUCAUACAGUGUGUUUGUGCACGCCUAGAAUCGCAGUUUCCACCAGUGCGCCCCGAUUGUGUCAGCCCGUACACGAAUAGUUUGUGAAAAGUGGUCGAACCACCACCACCAAGCGUUGGGUGGAAUAUAAAGCCUGCAAAACCUAUUUGUUGCGCCCUACUCCCCAUCCUCAGCAUUCGCGACCUGUGCUUGUGUUUAGAAGGAGAUCUCGUUUAGGCGGUUCGGUUUCGGAGUGGAGCACACAUUUUCGUUGCUGUCGGUGCUGUGAAUUUGGCGUGUACCUACCAGCAGCAGCAGCACGCGCUCGCCCUGGUGCUGUUUUGUUGUUUUACCGGUUUUCUGUGCUCAAGUGUGCCCACGACAACUUCUCGAGUUUAACGUCUCGGCUCCAAUUAUAACGGCCAAAACCGCGACCUCCGCGAGUGUGCGUCCGUUGUUACCACGGGCGACGGUGGCUUAUCUUCUCACAUUCUCCCUAUGGGGCAUGUCGUUUGGUAGUAGGGCCUUUGUGGAGCGUAAAGCGUGCAAGGCAGUAGGCGUUGUUAAAAAUUGUCAUCCAAGAGUUGGUGAAGGUGCGGUGUGAAAAAAAAACGGUGGAUAUUUGGAUCACUUUCAUUCGCUGAGGCGCAGUAGACGUUGCUUGGAGAGUGUAUUAAGGCACAAAACGAAGAAACAAUUCGCAGCACGAAUGAGGUACCACCGAUAGUUCUCAAACCCCCCACCAAUUGUCAACGCCAGCAUCGAACGCAAGAUGCAGUUCGAAUACAGAUUUCAGUUACUCUACACAUGUCUAGUCGUUGGACAGCUGGUUGCCAUAGGAUAUGGCGCCGAGACGGCAGGUAUCGCUGGAGGAGGAACACCAUCCAGCAACAAUCUCACGUCCGCUAGUCAACCUGCAGCGUCAGCACCGUACGCCUACCAAAGACCAUUGUCGGGGACUCCUCGCAUUUCUUCUAGUUUUAGCAGUAAUCCUACUACCACCACCACCACCAUUACACCUGACCCCAUCACCAUUAGCAGUAGCAAUCGAACAAAAGACGACAUGGCCCAGAAUGCGCAGGAUGCGUUCGGAACGGCCUGGACCGCACGGAAGUUUGUCAACAAACCGACGUACGAUCGGAAGACGGCGUAUGGUAAGCGCUUCGAAGGUGCGCUACAACCACGCACUCGCGAUCUGGGUGACUGGCGCUGUCCGAACGUUACCGAGGGUACUAAUCUAGAGUGUAGCUGCGACCUACCGCACACGCUGCGUUGUAGCGGGGAUCUGCACGGGCUGGAGGUGAUAGCGGACAGCUUACGGCGAUCCCCUUACGAAGUGUCACUGCUGGACUGUACGCUCAAAAACGUGACUAGCAUCAGUGAUGCAAACAUCUUUCAAAAUGUCUCCCUGCAGGGGCUAGUGAUCUCGUCCGGGGCGAUAAAGCGAGUACACCGGCAGGCGUUUGCCGGCAUUCGGACGCCACUGCAAGCGCUCGGGCUACCCAACAAUGCUCUCGAAAGUGUCCCGAUGCAGUCCCUCGGAGCGGUUGGGCAACUCGAUCGCUUGGACCUUUCGUUCAACAAGAUUAAAGCGCUCCAGAAUGGUGAUUUCUUGGCAGUACCCAAACUCUCCUACCUCGAGCUGAGCAGCAAUCAGAUCUCACUGAUCGCCCCAAAAAGCCUGGUGCCGCUGAAGAAUCUGCUCCACCUCAAACUAAACAGCAAUCAGCUGGGAGACUCACCCGAAAGCCUUAAAGCGCUCGCCUCUUGCUUCAGUCUCAAGGAGCUGCAUCUACAUUCGAACAGAAUACGAGGACCUUUGAACAACACUACGCUGCCACGGAUACGCGGGCUGGAGAUCCUGUACCUGGACAAAAACUCCAUCUCCAGCAUUCACAAUGGUGCGCUGGAGACAUACCCAUACCUUCAGAUGCUUUCGCUGCGCAGCAAUCAGAUCGAUGUACUGGAAGAUCAUGCGUUUUCGGGUCUAGCCUCGCUGCAGAUGCUUGAUCUGGGCCAUAAUGGCAUCGUUACCAUUUCGGAUGCAUCUCUCAAGCAUCUGCCGCGGCUUAUCAUUCUCGACCUUACGCACAACUUCCUGCGCGCACUGACGGCGGACGUUGUUGCUCCGCUGCCUGCCCUGAAGGAACUCCGGCUGGAUGGUAACGAUAUCUCACUGAUCGCUGAAGACGCAUUGGUCAACGCGACACAGCUGCACAGUCUCUCACUGGAAAGCAACCCACUUGUGUGUGAUUGUACGAUGAAACCAUUCCUCCACUGGCUGGCUGGUACUCGUCCUGCCUCGCAAGGUAUUCUCGGAGCAAUCUGUGCCACACCGCCGUAUCUGGAGGGGGCCGACCUACUGCAACUCGCACCGGACACGCUUACCUGUGGCGAGGGUGGAAACAAACAGCAGACCGAUCAUGAUACGUUCCAGACGAUUGAGGUAAUGCUGAAGCUAAAGAACAAUGCGUCGUAUGUGCGAGACGUUGGAUCGGAGGUCCGAUUGCGUGAGGUCAAUUUUACAGAUGAAAGUGACAUCUACUUGAGUUGGCUUCUGGGCACGGAUGAUUAUUCCUGUCGGUUUGUGUACGUCUUUCACACCGAUGAUCCUGAGACGAUACUGUACAACUCGGAAGUCUCAUGUAUAGUGAAACCGGAAGAACCUGUGACAGCAUUGGAAUAUACCUACAAUGCCAAGCUGCUAGGGGCGUACGAUUUGCAGAGUAAUGUUAGUUACAAAUUUUGCCUCAUCAUGAAGGAGGACAUCUCCAAGGACGAAUAUCUCGGCGUGUGUCAAGUGGCCACUCUGCCCCGGCCCCACAUCAACACAGUGAAGCGAAAGUCGAUAAAGAAGGAGCUGCAAAUCAGCACCCGUCAGACGAACGAGUCGGACAUUUCGGACUUUGAUCGCAUUUCCUCCGACUUCCGGCAUGACUCCGAUCGGGAUGAGCUACUCAAAGGCAACAGUGAAGAUGACGAAGAUGACACACCCGACCAAACCAACCAGGGAAGUGAUCGUAUCGAUCAUCGCGUGCCGGAUCCGCUCGACUACAGUGUCUACAACAGCGAGGCGGACGGUGACAGUGACGAUGACAACGAUGACAACGUGGACGAUGAAAGUGUUGGCGUACUGUCGAACCACAUUCGCGACGAUCCCGACUUUCGGCAGCUACAGCUGGCGGCCGAAGCGGAAGUCGCUCGGCUACCCUCCGUACACGGUGGACGCGUGCUGCUCGAGGGCCUCGGGACGAUCAUUAUCAUCACCAGUCUGGUAGCGUUCGUGUGGGGUCUGGUACGCUUUAAGGGUGAACAUCGGCAUCUACCAUCGAUGGCAAGCUGUUACGCGGUGGACGAGCGAAGGCGUAACCCACACCAGGAGGUGGAGAGUCGUAGUCGAUACUUUAAGCUGCAAGCAACGACCAGCCUGUGAGUGGGGCGUAGUACCGAGGUUGUUGUUUUUGAUCGAUUUUUUCGCGCACUGCGAACAAA